GUUGCCCAGCAUCUUCCUAUUUAUACCCUCCACCCAUCGACCGACGAUCCAUCACCGGCGACGAGGAGACACUCACUGAUAUAAUCAAGCUAGCUAGCUUAAUCACCUAGCUAUCCGUCAGUUUAGCUAGAUAUGGCUGCAGUUAACUGCAAGGUGGUGGUCGCCGUGAUUGUGGUGGCGAUGGUGGUUGCGGCGCCGGGGGCGUCGGCGGCGAUAACGUGCGGGCAGGUGGGAUCGGCGAUCGCGCCGUGCAUCUCGUACGUGACGGGGAGGAGCGGCCUCACGCAGGGAUGCUGCAACGGAGUGAAGGGGCUGAACAACGCCGCCCGCACCACCGCCGACCGCCAGGCGGCCUGCCGCUGCCUCAAGAGCCUCGCCGGCAGCAUCAAGUCGCUCAACCUCGGCACCGUCGCCGGCGUCCCCGGCAAGUGCGGCGUCAACGUCGGCUUCCCCAUCAGCCUCUCCACCGACUGCAACAAGGUCAGCUAGAUCAAUUAAUCCUGCUUGGAUCGAUCGAUCGAGCUUAACACGCUAGCUCGAUCGGAGUUGAUCAGCUAGUAAUUAAGCACGUAUUUGCUACAGCAUAUAUGAACAAAGUAAUUAAAAUAACACCUGCGGCAGACAUGCAGCGCUCCAUUCUCUCUCUGUAUCAGCUGUAUACUUUAUGUUGCACGCUCCCUGUGUGCAUGUUCUAUCUUAAUUUUCUUCAGUAUGUACACGAUCUGUGUGUACUACGUGUAAUCCUAUACGUUUUAUGAAUUGCAUGUUGUCCAAAUGUCUUUGUCCUA